AUGUUCCUGCCUCUAUGCAUCUUACUGCUUGCGUCUUCUGUCAUUGCAGUAUCACGGGUGUCAUUACCGUUCAAUGCACAGGUUCCGCCCGUCGCCCGAGUCGCACAAUACUUUAGCUUCCAAUUAUCGUCCUCGACAUUCGAGCCGGAAGCAGAACCUUAUCAGUACUCUCUGACUGCCGCUCCACCAUGGCUAAACAUCGAUGGCGCUAGCCGCACCUUAUGGGGUACGCCAGGUGCGGCCGACGUCGGGUCAAAGGUGUUCAACAUCACGGCCGCGAGGGCUGGCGGCGGGUCUGCUGUCAUGGAGGCGACACUAGAGGUGGUUGAUUACCGUGGCCCGCAACUGAAGAUGAGCGUCUCAGAUCAGUUGCGGGAUAUUGGAAAACAGUCACACCCUAGCAAUCUCCUACUCAAGGCAUCAGAGCCGUUUGGUUUCGCCUUCUCAAGGGAUACCUUCGUCGCUGACGGGAAGAGUCUGACAUAUUACACUACAAUGAUCGACAGAACUCCUCUUCCAGCAUGGCUCUCCUUUGGCGCGGAUGAAGUAAGGUUCUCCGGUGUAGCACCGCCGCCUGAUGCGUCCCCGCAGCACUUUGACGUGCUCCUGAUCGCGUCAGAUGUAAUUGGUCAUGAGCUUGUCUUCGAGCCGCCGAAAGUAGAAGUUAAGAUCUCGAAAGACACACCACUCGAGUACAGAGAGCUUCGUAGUCAUCUCAAACUCGACGGGCAACCCAUCGACUAUGCGGAUAUUGCGAAUACAAGCGCCAGGAUGCCGUCGUGGUUGACAUUUGAUUCGAGCACCAUGGAUCUCGAAGGCACGCCUCCGGAAGGAACGGAAUCCCAGGACGUCGAAGUUACAGUUUACAGUCGCUUUGGGGAUGCCGCGACCACCACGAUUCGCCUAGUAUAUGUGUCGGACUUGUUCACCGCGGGGAUUGGGCCUCUGGUUGCCACAAUUGGGAAGCGCUUUAGCUACACGUUUUCCCAGUCCAUCUUCACGCAAGACAACGUCGAGGUUAGGGUGAACCUAGGAUCUUCUCCUCGGUGGCUCACAUACGAUUCGGCAAGCCUUACCAUUUCAGCCAACGUACCGGACGACGUCAAGCCGGGAGUCGUCACUGGAGUUGUUACUGUCAAUGUUGCGGGGUCGUCUGCUAGCGACUCUCAGACCUUCCAGAUCCAGCUUCAAGCGGCGGACUUGCCGGAGUCCAACCCGACGCCAUUGGUUUCCACCUCCAAUUCCGCAACCUCGCAAAGUACAGAUCAAGUGUUGAUCGAAUCAUCUGCGUCUGUCUCGGAUGAUGUUUCGCCUCCAAAGAACAGCAAGCUACUCGUGACCAUCAUUGCCACCGUUGUUGGCCUCGUGCUACUCGUCGCUGCCUUUGUAGCAGUUGUGCUGCUCUGCUGCUGUAGGAAACGAAAAACGAGAAGUCCGCCGUCGGGUCCAAGAAAAUCUGAAAUCUCGAGGCCAAUCAUCCAAGACGACGCAUGUCAGAGACAACAUGACCAGACGCUUGAUCAGGAUGUGGAGAAGGGCUCAGACGAGUUCGAAAGGACACCGGAACCCCCACCUCAGAUACAGAUUGACUUUCCCAUACCCAUUCCACCCAAGUCGAAGCUCAGAGGUCAAGGGAAGGCGACGCUGUGA